AUGGCGCAGUGCGUGCGUCGGCUGGUGCUGGCGGCGACGCUCGCCGCUGCGGUGGCGCUGCUGCUGUGCACGAGCAGUGCGCCGGUGGCGCGUGCUGCUGGGACGGGCGACUUCACUGCGGCGCAGCGGACGCACACGCUGGCGGUGCUGCAGGCGUUUGGGCGUGCGAUCCCUGAGCUUGAGAAGAAGUGGACGGGCAACGACUUCUGCUCGUGGGACCACGUAGCGUGCGUGUCAGUCGACGUCUUCGUAGGUCUCAAUGUUUCGACGUAUGCCGGCACGCUGCCGGAGAUACCUGUGAACGUCGACUACAGGCACGUCAUGAUCCGGGACCUGGGGUUCUGGAAUAUGCCACUGCUGAGCGGGACGCUGCCGGACAGCUGGAGCAAACUGGGAGGACUGCUCUCCGUUACGUUCUCGGGCUGCGGCGUGAGCGGUACACUGCCCGCCUCAUGGGGCUUGAUGGUUCGUUUACGUGCCUUGACUGUGGGAAAUUGCAGGCACCUCACCGGCAGCCUGCCUUCUGAGUGGAGCUGGCUGCCUAAUUUUCAAAUUCUGGUGCUGAGGCAACUGCAGCUGAGCGGUACGCUGCCGGCUGAGUGGAGCCGGGUGACGUCAUUGCUUGAGCUGGAGAUCGUUGCUGCAGGCGACAUCACCGGCACGCUGCCGGCUAAGUGGAGCUCGAUAAAAUCGCUGAGAACUCUUAAUCUGGAGGGUACUCAGGUCUCCGGCACACUGCCCUCGGGAUGGAGUGAGAUGAAAUCGCUGACCAGUCUCGAGCUGGAGGGUACUCAGGUCUCCGGCACGCUGCCUCCAGGAUGGAGCUCGAUAAAAUCGCUGAGAACUCUUAAUCUGGAGGGUACUCAGGUCUCCGGCAGUCUGCCGCCCCAGUGGGUCUCGAUGGCAUCGCUGAGAACUCUUAAUCUGGAGGGUACUCAGGUCUCCGGCACGCUGCCCCCGGGAUGGAGUGAGAUGAAAUCGCUGACCAGUCUCGAGCUGGAGGGUACUCAGGUCUCCGGCACGCUGCCUCUAGGAUGGAGUGAGAUGAAAUCGCUGAGAACUCUUAAUCUGGAGGGUACUCAGGUCUCCGGCAGUCUGCCGCCCCAGUGGGUCUCGAUGGCAUCGCUGAGAACUCUUAAUCUGGAGGGUACUCAGGUCUCCGGCACACUGCCCCCGGGAUGGAGUGAGAUGAAAUCGCUGACCAAUCUCUAUCUGGAGGGUACUCAGCUCUCCGGCAGUCUGCCCACGGAAUGGAGAGGGAUAAAAUCGCUGACCAAUCUCUAUCUGAAAGGUACUCAGGUCUCCGGCAGUCUACCGCCCCAGUGGAGCUCACUGACAUCGCUGAGAACCCUUGAUCUGGAGGGUACUCAGGUCUCCGGCAGGCUGCCGCCCGAGUGGAGCAGGAUGUUGAGUGCCGAGAACCUGCAGCUGGAGCACUGCGACCUGUCCGGCAGUCUGCCGCCCGAGUGGUCUGCGAUGCCAAGGCUGCGUCUUGUCGGACUGAGGGGCAACCGCUUCUGCGGGUGUGUGCCGGAGUCGUGGGCCAACAAGGCUGAUCUUGCUGUGGAAAUCGAGGACAAGCACAAGGGCAGCGACUGCUUGGCUGGUAAGGACUGCACAACGACCACCACUAAGCUCCCCACCACGACAACGACCACCACUAAGCCCCCCACCACGACAACGACCACCACAAAACCCCCCACCACGACCACGACCACAACUAAACCCCCCACCACGACCACGACCACCACUAAGCUCCCCACCACGACAACGACCACCACAAAACCCCCCACCACGACAACGACCACCACUAAGCUCCCCACCACGACAACGACCACCACAAAACCCCCCACCACGACAACGACCACCACGACAACGACCACCACGACCACGACCACCACUAAGCCCCCCAUCACGACAGCGACCACCACUAAACCCCCUACCACGACCACGACCACCACUAAGCCGCCGACCACGAUAACGAGCACUACUAAGCUGCCCACCACAACCACCACUGAGGCACCGGCUGAACCCACGACCACUGCUACCCCAACAAACACGCCGACUCCUGCACCAGAGACGGAGUGCGAGGUGGAUGGGUGUGAGGUGUGCGAGGGGGACUCCGCUGCGAGGUGCGCGAGGUGCCGUGAGGACUACUUCCUGACGGACGAGAGGACGUGCCUGGUGUACUGCGAUGGCGGUGUUGCUGCUGUGUCGAGCGGAGUGGCGGCAGCAGCUGUUGUGUGCGUGGCUGUGCUGUUCAGCGUGGGGCUGGCGGCGUGA